AAAAUCUACGGCAGUUUGUACAAGAUGGUUCAGUUUGUUUGUCUUGUCCCCUCAUCUCACCGUCGCCCCCCCUCGACAGAUAGUCGAACACCAGAUGCUAUCCCUGGUCUUUAUGCACAAUGCUACAGUGCGUGCGGCAACUCUCGGUUGAGACAACGAUACCUCAUAUCCAUAUCCCUAACCUGAUCCAUCCCACAAAAAUUGUUGCCCCUCUAACCUCGAGUAAACCGCGAGUAAUCGGUCGAAACCUACUAAACAUAGAUUUAAGUUGAAAUUCUGUAAAAACAAAUCAUGAAUUAGUGGCUCCGCAAAGCUCAUGCGAUUGAGCCUUACAAAUAAAUGAAUUGGAAAAAAAAAAUACUUCUGAAUAUUGUUGAAAGUUUUUUGAGAGUGGAUGAAUAUGAGUAUGAAGUUGUUAUUAACACGAAAUUCAAGUAUUUCGAACUUGUUGGUGGUCCAGAAUAGAUCCGUUGGGUUUGCGAGGAUUUUGUAAAAGCAACUGAUAAAGUUGAUGAAGUGAUGAAUUCUAUUUUGUUCUAGUGCGAAUAAUGCACGAGAGUUUUCAUGAACACUCCACGAGGAAGCAGAAUAGAAACUGAUGUUUUUGGAUACGAUUGCAUCACGGGAACCGAAUGCAUAAAUCUUCCUUUACUCGAGCGCAUUUGCGAGUAAAAGAAAUCACAACCUGCAUGCAUUCGUGAUGACGGUUUCUCCAGGUGCCUUGAUUUUGUGUCCGUGAUCGGAAACACAUUCCGAUCACCACAAAAGCAAUCAUCAUCUAGAUUGAGCUAGGUUGCUAUGAUUUCAAUAGUUUGUUUUUAAAGCAAUUUUUAAGCUAUUGAAACGAUUUGUUGGACCUAGAAGUGACAAUCAUAUAACUCUUUGACAUUUUAUCUCUCGAAUGAAGUGAUAAUUAUUCUACUCAUCAAUCGCUGGAUUUCCGAGCGGGCACCUGCUUAUAUGCCGAUUUGUGUGAUUUCAAUAGCCUGUUUUGAAAAAAAUUUUGAAGCUAUUGAAACAAGUUUUCCGAUCAAUAAGUUACAAGCAUAUAAGCGUAGACAUUUUAUCUUUCGAAUGAAGUGUUCAUCAUCAUACCAUUUCGUUGAGUUGUUUGGGAGGUAUUAACGCUCAAAAUCUUGUUGCUCCGGCGUAACGCUCUCGUUUUCGAAACUUUGAACUUACACCCCAGUACAGAAAUGUCCCACGUCAAAAAUCUGCUGCCAGAACAUGAAGUGUUUUGAAACAGCCUGUAGGAACGCUUUCUAUUGUGUUGGGGAAUAAGUUCAUAGCGUAGCUUUUAUUUGAACAAAUAACAAUAAUUAUAUCAAUAAGGUAAUCGAUUAUAUAUUCGCCGCAGUUAAUUUUUUCACCAAUUCAUGACUGGUUUGGCGACCGUUCUCCUUCAAAACAGAUUUAAAGAAAACUAAUAAAAAAAUUAAUAACUCAAAAAUACCAUUAACAUAGUGUUGUAGAGCAGAAUGAGUUCUAUCGAAUGAAUACUUGCCAAGAAGCAAACAAAUCGUUGGAAAAUUAAAGAAAUAUAAAAACGCUAUUAACUUAUUCUUCAACCCAAUAUAAUACACUCGACACAAAACAAUUGUGGAGCAGAGUGUUUCGUCUAAAAAAUGAAGUUUUUUUGAAAUGUACAAAUACAGAUAUACAUCAUUUUUUCAAGUUUCGGAAUAUUUAACGAAUACAUUUAUAUCUUGAGGUUUGUAAACGUAGUAAACAAAUUAGGCGGAAUUUGAUGCAUUACUAAGGAACAUACGAAUGAGCAUUCCCGCAGUCGUACUACCUACGAGGCUCGUUCAAAAAAUAAGUUUCAGUGCCUCAGAAUUCGCGGAAAAAUAAAGUUAGGACAAAAAAACAAGGUGAUUUUCGUAAUCUACGUUUUAUUUUCUAUUUUUCUACAUAAUCGCCGUAACGUUCGAGGAAUUUUUCAUAGCGUGGCACAAGUUUUUCUAUUCCGAGCACGAAGUGUGUAGCGUCCGACUUUUUGAAGUACGAUGUAACUGCGUCACGAAUUUCUUCAUUGUUAUCGAAUCAUUGACCACCGAACGCCUGUUUCAUCACCGGGAAUAAGUGAUAGUCGCUAGGGGCGAGGUCUGGGGAGUAAGGAGGAUGCUCGAACAUAGUCCAUUUGAAUUUUUUCAUUUGCUCUUGAGUUACGCGAGUAGAAUGGGGCCGCGCAUUAUCGUGGAUGAGGAACACUCCUUUCGUCAAUAAACCUGGCCUUUUGUUCUUAAUCGGUCCAAAACUUCACAAUUGUACGGUGAUGAAACAGGCGUUCGGCGGUCAACGAUUCGAUAAUACUGAAAAAAUUCGUGACGCAGUUACAUCGUACUUCAAAAAGUUGGACGCUACGCACUUCGUGCUCGAAAUAGAAAAACUCGUGCCACGCUAUGAGAAAUGCCUCGAACGUUACUGCGAUUAUGUAGACAAAUAGAAAAUAGAACGUAGAUUACGAAAAUUACCUUGUUUUUGUCCUAACUUUAUUUUUCGGCGAUUUCUGAGGCACUGAAACUUAUUUUUUGCACGACCCUCGUAUAAUGAUCGAAAACGCCUUCUUUGCACUUUUUGUUCCUGAUUCCAAUCUACAAAAACAUCAUUGUUUCUAAUUUUUUGAAUUAGUGUUCCUAAUUACAAUCAUCAAAUUGUUGAAAAUAGUAGGUUUUCACAUUGUUUUUUGUAAACAAGUUAAGUUAGUGUUGAAAUCAACUAUCAUAUGAAUUACAGUAUUAAUAGAUGGUUUAUUUCCUUCUCCGUUAAUUUACUCGUGUUUUGGUAACUAUCCUCAGUUUUUUUCUGUUUUAAUAUUUUUUCUUUUGUAUUUCCAAUUCUAUUUUUUCGAUGGCUUCUUUGAGAUUUUGGAUAUAUUUUCUACAUGACUGGUAGCUACAGCAAGUGUUUUUGCACGGCAGCGUUUAGUCGAAGUUUUCGUAGAUACAGAUUGCAUACUAAACGAAGCAUCAAAUUAGAUACACGAUUUUCUCUUUACGAGUUACUUUGUAUCGACAAUUCCAUCUUUGUGGAUGCUACAUUUUUCACUGUUCAAAUUAUAGAACACAAAAACAAACUUACGUAAAUUUUAUAAUUACCUUCUGAAUGUCUGUCUUCAAAUCCGUUAAAUGGUGACUCAACUGAACGUUGGUUAGAACUUGGAAUAGACUUUUCAACCAAUAUUCAUUUAGCUUUUGCCCAGUUCCUGAUUUGUGGCUUAGAAAUGACCACAUGAUACUUUACCUAUGCGUUUGGAAUGCAUUGACGCAUUUACGAUCAAGUAUCCUGUUUUUGAACGGAUAAGGAUGAGUGUUUUGAAUUUGAACACAAAACAAAUAUGUAUCAGAACCUUCUACAAAAAAAAUUAAAACUAAUUCCUCACCAGAUGUGUUAUAUUGAUGAUACCCAGCAAACAUUAAAUCGCAUAACAAGCGUAUAUAUAACAUCAUAUGCCCUAAAAUUUGGUUGGCAUAUAAUGGGCCUAACUGGGAUAUGCAUGCAAAAGUGGAGGUCAUAUACAUACAUGGCAAAUGCUUACCGAAUUUGUUUGGAUGAAUAUGCAACUUUGACCGGCUAUAAUAGCGAUUAUGUUGGAAUUGAAUUGCGAUCUAAUAUGAAUAUAUUCAUGAAUUGUCAAAGCACCAAAUACGACUUUUGCCAUACUUAUAUACGAUUUAUUACAGACAUAGAAAAAAACAAAUGGCGCAAAGUAUUUUCGUGAAAUGUUUAUUACAACCUAACGAAUCGCCAUUUUUAUAUUAGGCUGUCAAAAAAGUCCUGCGGUAUUUUUUUUGAAUUUUCAUUUUCCCAACGAGAUGCCAACUUCAUAAUACCCCUGUUAUAGAAGCUCGCUUGCUUAUUGGCAAAAAACUCGGAUAGCCAAUUUUCACAGGCCUCUUUUGUGGCUAACUUCUGACUACCUAGCUCGUUCGCCAUGGACAAAAACAGGUGGUAGUCACUUGGUGCAAGGUCCGGACUAUACGGCGGAUGCAAAAUAACCUCCCAUCCGAGCUCCCGGAGCUUCUGGCGCGUCACCAAAGAAGUGUGUGGCCUGGCGUUGUCCUGAUGGAAGACAACCUCUGUUUAUCAAAGAUGGCCUCUUCUUCAUGAGUGCUACCUUCAAGCGGUCCAGUUGUUGGCAGUACAGGUCCGAAUUGAGCGUUUGGCCAUAGGGAAGCAGCUCAUAAUAGAUUAUUCCUUGACAAUCCCACCAAACACACAGCAGAACCUUCCUGGCCGUUAAUGAGGGCUUGGCCACCGUCUGAGCCGCUUCAGCGGGCUUCGACCACGACCGUUUGCGCUUCACGUUGUCGUAAGUGACCCACUUUUAAUCGCCAGUCACCAUCCGCUUCAGAAACGGGUCGAUUUUGUUGCGAUUCACAUGCGUCGAUACGGUCAAAGAUGUUUUUUGCGUCAACGUGUGUGGCACCCAUGCAUCGAGCUUCUUUGUGAAUCCAAGCUUCUUCAAAUGGUUAAUAACGGUUUGAUGACUUAUCACCAGCUCUUGGCCGAUGUUACGGCUGCUACUAUGCCGGUCUUUCUCGGCUAAUUCAGCGAUUUUGUCACAAUUUUCGACGAUAGGCCUUCCGGAGCGUGGCGCAUCUUCGACGACCUCUACACCAGAACGAAAACGUUGAAACCAUCGUUGUGCGGUGGAAAUGGAAACUGUAUCGGGUCCAUAAACUGAACAAAUUUUAUUGGCAGCUUGAGAUGCAUUUUUGCCUUUGUCAUAGUAGUACUGUAAAAUAUGUCGGAUUUUCUCCUUAUUUUGCUCCAUAUUUGCGACACUCAAACUCACGAACGACUUAACCAAACAAAACACUGUCAAGGACUAUAUAAAUACCUUUCCAACAAGCUAUAGUAUGACUCGAUACAAUGAAUACAACUAGAAAUACGCGCUUACAACGACUCCUCGCGGAAAUACCGCAGGACUUUUUUGACAGCCUAAUAUAUGAGUAUUUAUGUUCGUAGAAAUAAUAAUUGUUUGAUUGACUUGUGUUGGGAGUGGAAUAUGAAUGUUUAAAAUACCACAGAUGUUUGGUGAAAACUGCACCGAUGUGGGUUCGAACUCCGGUCGUCUGGAUUGUCAUCCACCAGCUAUCUCGCGCGGCUAUCUGAAAUUUAAUUCAACAGCGGUUAAAACUUUCGAGUGCAUCAGCAUUUCAAUGACAUUUCAAUAUGAUGUAAUAUGUUCUUUAUUAGGAUUUAAUAUGAUUUACUGUUUCAUGAUUUUCUUCAGCAUGCAACACGAUUUACUAAAGUGCUGAAUCGAUUUAAAUUAUACGCUUAUACGACACACAAACUGCAUCAGCGUAAUAUACGCAUAUGAUGCGGAUUAAAUAUAUUUUACGACAAUGUACAUCAUAAAAUUGAUGUUUAUUAUACCGAAUUGCGACUUAAUUUGAUAAUGGUAUAUAAAAUCGAGUUUUUACAUUUUAUGCGAUUUCAAAUAUACACGAUACAUACUUUGAUUGAUAUUAUAUGCAAUUAUGAUUUAUUCGGAUUUCUUGUAAGACUUGGCACGUGCAAAAUUAUACGAUUUAAUGUUUGCUGGGUAUAGACUGAUUCUUUCAAUGGGUCAUUUUAACACGGGAUAUUCUAUUUCAAUAAACUGUACGUAACAGUAGAAACUUUUCGCAUAAUAAUUUGUUUUCAGUUGCUAUUUGAUUCGAGCUAAUUUGGUUGAAAGUUUUGUGAGUAGGUAUACAGACGUAGAAUUUUGACCAAUGAAUGACAUGGCACCUGUGUGUUAAAAAAACAUAUUCGGUACAAUCUUUCAGAAGCUUGCUUGCUCGCCCGAAGUAGACAAGGAUGAUAUGAAACACACGCUCGAGGCUGCGAUCAAAUCGAAUGGCCUUGAGACGGAAAUUCGCAAUGUGAUAUAUCAUUUGAUAAGAAAUUCACUAAAAUCGGAAGCCAAACCAACAUUGCCAUCGAGUGACCCGCUGAACUAUCUUCGACGCGCCGGGAUUCAAUGGGAGAGACGCGUUCGAAAGUCACUCAACUCUAUGUGUUCAGAGUCGAAGGCUCAGUUGCAGGGCCAGAUGCGCAUCAUAACAGACCGGGAGGAUAUUCUCGCCAAAUGGGACGAGCUGAGCACCUAUCAGACAGAUCUGUCCAACUACCGUCCUGUGUAUGCGCCGAAGGAUCUACUGGAUGUGCUUCUCUCCUUGAAAGGCCCAGUCAAACAGGACGAAACAGACUUUCUUCCAAAGUGGGAAUUUUCGCACAUUUCACUUCCGGUUAAAAACUUGUUCGAACUAAGGGUGCACUUUUCCGAAUUGUUGCGUAACGACAAUAACGGCGGUGUUACAGACUGGGCUAUGACGUGUCAAAAAGUACUGAGAACUCGACACGCCCCACUGUGUCAGCAGGCACUGAAGAAGGGUGUCACCCCGCCACCGCUACGUGGAUCACUUUGGGCUUUCGUGCUGGGCAGCCAGGUGGAAGCACAUCACACCGACCAUUGGGAGAAUCUAAAAAAAUCUGUACUCACAACGGAAUCCAUCGUAGACAAAUUGGUGUUCAAGGACGUUCAAUUGACGGCCACAAAUGACGAUCGAUACUUUGUGUUCGAGGAUGUUCUGUAUCAGAUUAUGCUUUGCUUCAGCCGUGACACAGAGAUUAGCCAGAUGAUCCAAACUGAAUUCUCCAACUCUGCUAAGUUGAAGCAGUAUGAAGGACCCGCGUGUGGCUUUGUUCCAUUUCACGGAAUUUGUAUGUUGGCGGCCCCCUUUUGUUAUCUCUAUGAUAACCCGGUAUCCCUAUACUUUACGUUCCGUGCAUUCUACAUUCGCUAUUGUCAUCGUUUGACCACAAUCAAUACUCACCCUCAGGGAAUCGUAAGCUUGUGUCUUCUUUUCGAGAAGCUUCUGCAGACACAUGAGCCCCAGUUGUGGUCACAUUUUCGGGAGUUGCAGAUCCAACCUAUCCGUGUUGUUUUCAAAUGGUUGAUGCGUGCCUUCAGCGGUCAUUUGCCACCCGAGCAGUUACUUACCUUGUGGGAUCUCAUUCUUGGGUAUGACAGUUUGGAGAUUUUGUCACUACUGGCACUAAUUAUUUUGAGUUUCCGGCGAGAGAGCGUAAUGCAAGUUGUAUCCUUGGAGAAUAUAGAAGCUAUCUUGUCAGAUCUGUCCUCGGUCAAAGUGCUGCCGUUGAUACAACUGACGUUAUCACGAGACUGAGUGCUACGCAGCAUUUUCAUGCUUGAAAAUGAUUAACAAAUGUGAAGUGACAUGGAGAUUCACACAUGAAAAACACUAUGGGUUAAAUAACUAAAAUAUGGGUAGUCAAAACGAAUUGCUAGAGAAAAUAAUGUAAUCAAAUGAGCUAUACUGUGUUUAAAUUUAGAAUGAUUGCACUGUAGUGCUUUAGCGAAUUUUAAACUAUAAGUAGAUGAAUGAUUAGAAAAAUAUGUUAGCUACAAAUGACACAAUUGCUAUUUGUGCAAAACCUGUUUCUACUGUUUAUACAAUGGCGAAAGAAGAAAUAACUGUCCUUCAUACAGUGAUAGGCAUAAAAAGCCAUCCUUGCAUAUUUGAAAACAUUUCUCAACUUCUGGACUAUUUCAUCAAAAACUA